CCCACUCUACAUUUUCCCAUGUUCUCCUUGUCAAUCCUUUACUUCUUUCUGCUACAAACUUUCGUCAUUUUCCAACGCCAUAGCUUCAUUCCUCAAUCUUUGUAACUACCCGUUUUCUUCCUCCACUCCAACAAUUCCAAACCAAACCCCUCAAAUUGAAAAUCCCAAUUCAUACAAUAACAACCUCAAAGUCAUGUCUACACACGCUUUCACUACUAUGUCUGACCUCGACGACAUAGACUUAAACCCUGAGGAUUUCAAGUCAUGUCUACCGUUAAAAAAAGUCCCAUACGGCGACGUUUUCGAAGCGUCAAGAGCCGGUGACGUCGACCGGCUAAAGUACCUUUUAGAGUUAGGUGUGAACGUGAAUGCGAGAGACCAAUGGGAUUCAGUGGCACUUUAUUAUGCUUGUCUUGCCGGUCACCUUGACGCUGCCCGAAUGUUAUUGGAGAGUGGUGCUAUUUGUUCUGAACAUACUUUUGAUGGUGACCGUUGCCAUUACGCUGCCCUUAAUCUUAAAGUUAGGAAAUUGCUUAAAGCCUUUGAAGCUCGUCCUCCGCCGCUUGGCCCUUUGCAAGCUGCUUUAAGAGAUACCUUUUUGGCUUGUUGGGCUAAUAGGAACUAUUUGGAACAAUCUGAAGGUCAAAUCCCUAUUUCGGGUAAUUUAGCAAAUGGAGGAUCCAGCCUCAGCCACUUCCCUCCGGAUGUUGUAUUCUAUGCGCAUGGUAGGCCUAUUGAAGCUCACAGAGUAAUCUUGACUGCGCGGUCGCCUUUCUUCAAAAAGAAAUUUCAGACUGAGUGGAAGGAUAGAAAGGAAAUACGGUUCUCUAGGGAAAAACUGUCUUAUCAUGCUCUUUAUAGCCUCGUCCACUUCUUUUAUUCCGAUAGACUUGAUAUAGCAGUAGAUGACAUGGAAGAUCUUGUCAGAAUUUGCAAAGUUUGCAAAUGCCAUUCACUACAGAAAGUCCUCGAGAAAGAAUUGAUUCAUCAAAAAUAUGCAGAGUACAAAGCACUAAGGGAUGUGGAUAACUCCCAAAAGCGGUUCAUCUUGCAGGGAAUCUCUCUCCCAGAAGGGGACCGUCUUCCAAAUGCUUUGCAUAAAAUCCUUCAAAUUUCUCUUGUGAAUUCCAACAGAGAACAGAACUUGAAUCUUGAUGUUGAUGGUCUUGUAUGCCUUGUCAGUUCAAUGCAGAUGAGUGAGUAUGAAGAUGAUCUGGCAGAUGUUUGUGUCAGAGUUGAUAAGAAGAUCUUUCGUUGCCAUCAAGUCGUCUUAGCAUCAAGGUCUGAAUAUUUUAAAGCGAGGUUGUCACGGAUGAAGGAUUUUCCGGAAGGGAGAGAUCAUUUACCUGAUAAUGCACUUCCAUGCAUUGAGGAACAUGAUUUGACCGUUGGAGCUUUUGAGAAAAUGAUAGAGUAUAUGUAUACUGAUGGAUUAAAGGACAUUGACCCUGAUCAAGCUGAAGAGAUGUUUGAUGCUGCUUCGAGGUACCUGUUGUUUCCACUUAAACGUGUCGUAGCAGAUGCACUGCUGCCACAUUUGGAAAUGGUUCCUCCUGCUGAGUUGUGCCAUUGGCUGGUAUUAUCAGACAUGUAUGGUGUUUUUAAGAUUCGGGAGUAUUGUCUAGACACAAUGGCAUGUAAUUUUGAGACAUUUGCGGAUACUCAAGAGUUUAGGGCAAUGCUUUUGACCCUCCCACCACCAUCUGGUGAUUCCUCACUCCGUACUACUGCCCCGAGUGCUCCUGGAGCUGAGAUGAACACAGCUGAAGGAAAUGUGUUGGAUGAUCUGCGAGAGAAAUGGCUCGAAGCUGAAGCUGCUGAACUUGAUGAGAGAGACGAGAGCGCAUUACUUUUUGACAAGCGCCUUGAGAUGCUCAUGCAUAUUGCAGAACAAGAAAAAGCUGAUGGACUUGAUUGUAACGCAAGUAAUGUCGUGUCAUUUUCAGUAGUUGUACCAAAUGAACAAGAACUCGUAUGAAUUUUAUUUUUUCUAUUUUUUGAAUCUUAUAGAUGUGCCGUUUGUUAAUGUAGCAAAGGAAGAUUUUACAGCAGGAAAUAAAAGUGAUCUUAUAUGUGAA